GCCUCAGAAUGUGACCUUAGGUGAAGCAAGGUAUUUGCAGAAGUGAUUAGUUAAGAUGAGGUCAUCUUGGAUUAGGGUGGGCCCUAAUCCAAUGGCUGGUGUCCUUCUAAGAAAAGGAAAGGACACUCAAAGAUACACAAGAGAAGAAAGUCCUGUGAAGAUGGAGACAGAGAUUGGAGUGAUCAGCUACAAACCCAGGGGAGUGGCCAAGGCUUACCAGAAUCACACCGCAAGCUGGGAAUCAGCAAGAGGGCAUUCUUGACUGGAGCCUUUCGAGGGAGUGGCCCUGUGACACCUGAUUUCACCCACCUUGCCUCCAGAAAUGUGGGGAAACCUUGAGCAUACUGUCUGCUGUCUUAAUCCACCCAGUCUGUGGUAACUUCUUACAGCAGCACUAGGAAACAAACAAAGGCAUCUGCAAAAAGUCCCUGGCACACAGCUAGAAUGUGCUGGUAUUCUCUUCCUCCCCUUUUCCUACUAAGUGCACCAGCUUCUUCAGGGACACAUUGCAAGGUGCACCUGAGGGCAGAGGAGCAGUGCUUAAAAGCAAAACCAAAACUUCUCAGUAGGCUGGGUUUCAGCCAGUUCCUCAGACUUAGUUUUGGUUUGAAUUACCCUCGUGUUACAAGGAAGCCUGAGCUAGAUGGAGAUGAUGUCUUUUCUUCUCUUCCCUAACGUACCUUACGUGACAGCUUUUUGUGGCCCGUCCUCAUAUGUCCCUCUGCCAGCUGGGAAGAAUCCUGGCUGGGAGCUGAGGCUUGUUGCAGUGGUUUAGGGAGCAACCUACAAUUUUUGUUUUGUUUUGUUUUUGGUUUUGUUUGGUUUCGGCUGUUUAUUCAGUUGACUCCUAUGACAGAGUCUGACGCAGGAGCUACUGUUUGUUGUUUCUUUUCUUUAACGUCUUUGCCUGUGGGGCCAAGUUCUGAUGUGAGUAUCCAGUAGGUUGAGAUUUCCUCCUCACUGAACUGGUGUUGCAGACGAUGAUGAGGCUGCCACGGUCAGAUCGAGUACAGAGCAUGUUCUUCCUGCUGAUGUUGAGCUUGGGAAAGCAGCUUCAUCAGACAGCAGCUUUAUUCACAGUGAUGGUCUCCCAGGAACUGUACACAGCAGACUACGGCAGCAAUGUGACCCUGGAGUGUCGUUUUGACACUGAAGGUCAUGUGGAACUCAAGGACUUAAGGGCCAGUCUGCAGAAGGUGGAAAACAAUACAUCUUUGCACAGCGAAAGAGCCACUUUGCUGGAGGAGCAUCUGUCUCUGGGGAAGGCCUUAUUCCACAUCUCUCGGGUGCAAGUGAGUGACGCAGGACAGUAUCGCUGCCUGAUCAUCUAUAGGGUCGCCGGGGACUACAAGUACCUGACUCUGAAAGUCAAAGCUUCCUACAAGAAAAUAAACACUCAUAUCCUUAAGAUCCCAGGGGUAGAUGAGGUACAGCUCACCUGCCAGGCUGAAGGUUAUCCCCUGGCAGAAGUGUCCUGGCCAAACGUCAGCGUCCCUGCCAACACCAGCCACACCAAGACCUCUGAAGGCCUCUACCGGGUCACCAGUGUUCUGCGACUAAAGCCACACCCCGGCAGAAAUGUGAGCUGUGUGUUCUGGAAUGCUAACGUGAAAGAACUUACUUCAGCCGUCAUAGACCCUCAUGGUGACCUAGAACCCAAGAUCCCUUCAAAUUGGCUGCUUCCUGUUUUCAUCCCUUCCUUCAUCAUUGCUUUGAUUUUCAUAGCUACGAUGACAGCCCUAAGGAAACAGCUCUUCCAAAAGCUUUAUUUUAGAAAGGACACAACCAAAAGAUCAGUCACCACAAUAAGGAGGGAAGUGAACAGAGCUAUUUGAACCUGUGUUUUCGGGAGCUGGGGUGACCGGAUGGGACGUCCUCGAGAAUGUUCUGGACUCUGAACAAGAAUCCUCUGGCCUGCAGAGCUCGUUGUUCGCACUUGUGCAAUGCCUUUGUGGCUCCAGCACUGAAGAGGAGACCGCCAAGAGAGCGGGCAGCGCCUGGCCAUGGUGUGCUCCGAGCACGUCAGGCAGUCUGCCCUCCCCACAUCCAGGCACCCGCCCCUGCAGCCUGUGACCCUAAGCAAGCACUACUGCACUUUAGAAAAUGACCGCCCCGGACCCGGGACCCCAGGGAGUGCUCUGCAGCUCGUUCUUGCUGCCAGACUCAACACAAAGGGAGUUUCCCCCCUAAGUUUCCAAAGUGAUUUCCAGAAGCGGAGAUGAAUGGAAAGUUUCAGUUAUAGGAAAGGACGAAUUGCCAAUAGAGCUAUUUUCUCCACUGUUUCCUCUGGGUAUACUGGAAAAGCCUUUUGAGACCGUUAGAGUUUACACACAGUCAAGCCAUAAUUGACAAGUUAUGUGGCUUACUGGAAUCUUGACAUCUGAGUUGUUUAAUUAACAGAAAGCAUUUAAGUACACAGUGGGCGGCUACAAAUCGUGGAGAAAAGCCGUUGAGUAUUUUGUGAGGUCUGAAUCACAAAGCAUUUUUUUUAACCUGCAAUGGCACCAUGUUGGAUGAUUUUGUUUUAAACUACAUCUUUAAAAAGUUCUGUUUUCUUAACCUCGGAAACCAAUGGCAUACAUUAGAAAAAUUUAGCACGCUAGUAUGCUGUACCUGCAAAGAUUUCAGAUGGGCAUCCAUAAUGGUCAAAGUCCCAAACUAGGGCUCCUUUCCCGGCCCUCUCUGUGACUUUAAACUUAACCUUUCAGUGACUCGGUUCCAUGUCUGUGACACAGUGACGCUCACUAGUCAAGGCCUUUGAUGGUUGGCACUUUAGAAACGCCGUGGAACCCCUUCCGUGCGUGUCAAGGGUAACAGCACGCAGCAACAGCAGGUUAACCAUGUGAAAUUUGGUCUGUGUACUGGGGCCAUGGCGUUCGGGGCACCUGCUGAUCUAUGAACUAUCCAAAUGUGUACAUUAUCUAGAGCCGAGUCUUAGGUUAGCAGCUUAUCUUUCUCAGUUUUGAAUCAUGAGGAUUUGAGCACAUGUUACAUCUUCUCCUUAGACUCUAAGCUCCUGGAGGGCAAGGAGGGAGGAGGGGUUUGUCAGUCCUGCAGCCUGUUGCUUGGAGUAGAUGCCUCAUGCAUGAUUGGCUCUGAGACUCAUCGUAAUAUUGAAGAAAAUGGCGACUCGUGACAUCCUUACUUUUUAUGACAUUAAUAGGAUUGGCUAAAAGUAUGUAAAGGCAAUCCUUGAAACAAAAGAGCCGAAUGAACACUAAGUCUUUAAAAAAAAAAAAGUACCUUUUACAAAGGGAGCAAAAAUAGUAUUCGGGAGAGUUUGAGGAACUGAGAAAUGCCAGACAAGCAAAAACCACCUAUGAUCUCAUCAUCUCAGCACAAGUAUUUUCAUUUUUGCUGUUUGCAUUUGGUCCUUGUCCAGACAUGUAUGCGAUCUCAGCUAGCGUUGUAAUUUUCCAUCCUUUUUUCAAAUUUGUCAUUGUACCACAAGCUUACACCUAUAUUGUUGAUUAGUCCUCCUAAUGAUCACUUUUAAUGGGUGCUUGAGUCACAGAUCACAAUGAGAUGUGAUUAGGCACAAACUCUGUUCAUCACCUGACCACUGUAAGCCUCUCCUUUGACUAGUGGACCACAGGUGACAUUUGGGGUUCCUAAGGACCGGUGUCAUUUCAGAGCAGCGUUCAGGAAUCCCUGAAAAGCCUGGGUAUUUCCAUUUCCCCCAGUGCACAGACACCUUCAGGAAUGACUUGAAGUCCCCUUGGGGAUAGCUUGAAAGAAGAUCUACAGUACCCAUGGCAUUGUCGCGGGGUCCUUUCUAAGAAUUUGGGGAAGAAGCUGUGAUUCUCAGUUGUGAAAACUCAAGCCAGGUUUCUAUUCUAUAGAUCAAGCCAUGCUUUGGUAGGCCGGACAACUACUUAAUUCUUAGGGCCAGCCACUACUAAAGAUUUCCUGUAAGUAAAAAAAUCCGAUUGCUGUUCUGGGAUCUUAUCAUCUCAUUGAAGUCAGGAAGCCCAUAUCCGUGGCAGCAUUUCCUAUCAUCAUCUUUGUCCUACAGAAAACAGCCGUCUGGUGGCACCCAAGGUUGUGGGGCUCCCUCACUAAUGCAUUUCUCAGUGCUUUAGUGAAGGGAAUAUCCCUUGGGCCCUUUCAAGGGGAGGAAAGAUGCACAGGUAACACAUGACAAAUUGCCCCAUUAUUCCAUAGAAAUUCUAUCAACUUGCAUCAUUGUUGUCCACAGGGGUCAGCCAACCAACGGAGUAAACAGACCACUUCCAGCUGCUCAAACUAAUACAUUUGUCUCUGCUUGCUUUUCCUGUAUAACAAAACUUAGGGCUUAUGUUUAUCAUUUAUGUAUUUAUGAUUCUGUAGAUUAGCAACUUAGGCUGGGCUCGGCUGGGGCAACUCAUUUCUGCUUUCCACGGCAUCAGCUGGGCUCCCUUGUGCAUUUGUGGUCAGUUGACAGAUUAUUUGGAAGAUGCUGGUCUUAGGUGACCUCGUUCACAUGACUUGGGAGUUGGUGCUGGCUGUCGGUUGGGCCGUGUGUCUUCAGCAGAUUUGUCUGUGCUCUUUCAACAUGGAAGCGAGUCCAAAAGGAGCAAAGAGAGGGCAGACCCCAGUGUGCAAGUGCUUUUUAGGUUUCCGUCUGUAUCACACUUGCUAACGUCUCAUUGGCCAAAAGCAAGUCAAAUAGCGAAGCCAAAAUCAAUGUGGAAGGAAUUACACGAGGGCCUGAUACACAAAAUGGCAUGAUUCCCUGGGGCUACUGCUGAAACAAUCUAUGGUAGCAUUAAGUCCAAAAACCUAUGGAAAGUGUAUUAUAUCAGGGCUACCUAAGUUUGGCCCCAACCCAAUGUUGUAUUGUGUUCUCCUUGAUCUGAUACCCUUACAAUCCAUCUCUGCCUAUAUUGGGUCUGUUCUAGCAUGAAUUUAACAAAACCUUGUGAUUCUUUUGGAGUAAAGCCUUUUCCUCCAGAGCUAGACUCUGCCCUUCUCUCCCUGAAUAUGCUGGGAUCUGACUCUAGAUAAAAGCCUGAAGGCCAUGGGCAUUGGGAGCAGUGGGGUUUUAAAAGAUUAGGGAUCCCCAUGCAAAGGCAACUGCCUCAGACGUGCUUACUACCGGUUUUCAAGCAAAGGAAGGCUGGUAUUAUCAAAUGGGAAAUGAGAGGCUUCGUCCACUAUCAAGGGAAGAUCAGUGACACUUGGGGGGAGGGGGAGGUCCAGAUUUUCAGCUUCAUCCACGCCCACCCAAAGGUUCCUGUUCCUCAUGUCAGAGUCGAUUCCUUCUAAAUGACCACCUCCACUCUCGCAUAUGAGACGUGGCCCAUCUGUGAAUGUUUCGUUUGGGUCUGCUUUUCUAAACAUGUCUGUCCUAUAACUAUAAGGAAUAAGAGAUAUUUUUAGAGCAGCCUUCGAAGCCCUCUGAUUCCUUAGAGAUGAUUUGAGCUGAAAGCUUGUUGUUUAUUUCCAUCCUGCAAGCACCAUGGUGCAGUCGGAAGCAGCCGGCUCACCUUGCAUUCCUCGGAAUCAUCUUUACCAGCUUUAGGCAGCAGUUAAUGUGUCUCCAAAACCCUGCCUCCUGCUGGCACUCCAACCCAGCGAGAAUAGAGGACAAUUUAAUGAAUCAUAACGCCAUUGCAUGCCAUAGAUUACCCGCUCCCACUUUCCAUUGGCAAAGAGUUCAGCUCUGAGUUCAAAGCAAAUAAAUCUCAGAAUCUUGUUUUUGAGAGCCUGUUCCCUAAGAUGAUUCCCAGUAUCAGGUCCUCUAUCAGCCAGGGUCCAGGCAGGAAAGUGCAGUGGGUUUAAUAUUGGGAAUUGGUAAUAAAGAUACAGGAAGACAGAAAGAGCACAAAGUAGAUACCAAAGAAACCCAAAUCUUGGAACUGCCAACAGCAGCUAACUUUCUGCUUUCCGCCACCACAGAAGUGACAAAUGCAGGAACUGGAAACAGGAAGGAAUUCUUUGCCUCUGAUAUUCCGGUCCCCUAGGGUUUCCCGUCUCUUGGAACUUCACAGGAAGCCAGCUGGCAGGGGAAGCUGGUGAGUGAGGUUUGCUGAAUCCCUGCCCCAACCUGGCAGAACAGAAUAGAGGAAGGUAGGCUUGGAACUGAGAACAGGAGGUAAACAACCAACCAGUUCCUGAAUCAAAACUUGUCUGGAUAAAUGGAGAUACAUUCCCUGAGAGAGGAAAAUACAGAGACGAUGGAUUCCAGUUAGAUUGUAGCACAAGGAACUUUCUUAAACUUUGUGGCAUUUGACCAUGUAACAAGGGCCUAUUAUAUAUUUAUUGAUUAGUUGGACAAGAAAGUAGCAAUUGGGAACUGCUCUGGCCACGAGCAUAGGACAAAAAUCAAUCUAUUUUUAAAUGCAUUUCAUAGAACUUGUAUCAGUUGCAUCACUUGGUUUGAAUUGAAAGAAAACCUGAAGGGGCGCCUGCGUGGCUCAGUCGGUUAAGCGUCUGACUUCGGCUCAGGUCACGAUCUCGCGGUCCGUGAGUUCGAGCCCCGCAUCGGGCUCUGUGCUGACAGCUCGGAGCCUGGAGCCUGCUCCAGAUUCUGUGUCUCCCUCUCUCUGAC